UUUAAAACUUAUUUAAUUACCAUCAUCAACCGAUAUAAAAACUCACCUAGCCUCCUCUCAAAGUUCAAGGCAAAGAUCAUCUUUGAAAGACAAAAGUUAGUGAGAAGAGAACCUAGUUCAAAUCAGAGCCAUUCAAAAUCAGGAAUAAGAAUAUGGGUGCCGAACUCUCUGCCAUGCAAAAUGCACAAGCCAAUGGACAGUUGUCCAUGAACGCUUCACCAGUGAGAGCUUCCCAAUCUCAGGUUCUUGCUUUCCAUUCCUCUGCCAGAUGGAGGGCCCAUUUUGAAGCCUCCAAAGCAACUGCCAAACUGAUGGUUAUUGACUUCACGGCUUCGUGGUGUGUACCUUGUCGCUUCAUGGAACCAACUAUUAAUGAGUUUGCUGCCAAAUACACGGACGUUGAGUUCAUCAAGAUAGAUGUGGACGAAUUGAUGGAUGUGGCUCAAGAAUUUGGAGUGCAGGCAAUGCCAACAUUUAUACUGAUAAAGAAAGGGAGAGUCAUUGAUAAGGUUACUGGGGUUAAAAAGGAAGAGCUUCAGAAGAAGAUUGAGAAACACAGGGCUUACUAUAACUAUGCCUAAUUGCAUUAGCUAUGUGUGAUGGUCCAAGCAACGCUAUGGCUUAUCUAUAGUAUGAAGUUGCAAAUUGCAAUGUGAGAUAACCAGCUACUAUAAUAAAAUGAUGUAUCAUGAGCAUUUGUACUAAAUAUCUAUUAUCAAUAUAAAAUAAGAUCACGUAUGUGCUUUUUUAUGUCAACUUUUUUGUACAAGAUGGGAAAUUUUUAAGUGUGUAAGUGUAUACCAUGUAUACUUGCAUAAGUUCUCACAAAUAUGUAAGUGCAUACCAUAUGCACUUUUGUAGUAUGGUGCAUAUGAUAUGCACCCUUAGAGAGGUGCACACCAUAACAUUUUCUAAACUAUAAAU